CCCGCUGGCCCGCGGGCCGCCCUCUGGUCCCGCCGUCUGUCAGGUGCGAGGGGAGCGGGGCGGAGGUGUCUGACACUGCCCGCGCACUGCUGCUAACCAAAAUGGCGAACUUCACACCAGUCAACGGCAGUUCAGGCAACCAGUCUGUACGCUUGGUCACAUCAACCCAUAACCGCUAUGAGACAGUGGAGAUGAUCUUCAUCGCCACAGUGACAGGCUCAUUGAGUCUGGUGACUGUCGUGGGCAACAUCCUGGUGAUGCUGUCUAUCAAGGUCAACAGGCAGCUGCAGACAGUCAACAACUACUUCCUCUUUAGCCUUGCGUGUGCCGAUCUCAUCAUAGGCGCUUUCUCCAUGAACCUCUACACCGUGUACAUCAUCAAGGGCUACUGGCCUCUGGGCGCCGUGGUCUGUGACCUGUGGCUGGCCCUGGACUACGUGGUGAGCAAUGCCUCUGUCAUGAACCUUCUCAUUAUCAGCUUUGACCGGUACUUCUGCGUCACCAAGCCCCUUACCUACCCAGCCCGGCGCACCACCAAGAUGGCGGGCCUCAUGAUCGCCGCUGCCUGGGUCCUGUCCUUCGUGCUCUGGGCACCCGCCAUCUUGUUCUGGCAGUUUGUGGUGGGCAAGCGGACAGUGCCAGACAACCAGUGCUUCAUCCAGUUCCUGUCCAACCCAGCAGUGACCUUCGGCACAGCCAUCGCUGCCUUCUACCUGCCCGUGGUCAUCAUGACGGUGCUCUACAUUCACAUCUCCCUGGCCAGUCGCAGCCGGGUUCAUAAGCACCGGCCCGAAGGCCCAAAGGAGAAGAAGGCCAAGACUCUGGCCUUCCUCAAGAGCCCCCUGAUGAAGCAGAGCAUCAAGAAACCCCCACCAGGGGAAGUCGCUCAAGAGGAGCUGCGCAACGGCAAGCUAGAGGAGGCGCCCCCCCCGGCCCUGCCACCCCCGCCGCGCCCAAUGGCCGACAAGGACACUUCCAAUGAGUCCAGCUCCGGCAGUGCCACACAGAACACCAAGGAACGACCACCCACAGAGCUGUCGACCACAGACGCCACCACACCUGCCAUGCCCGCCCCUCCCCUACAGCCACGGGCCCUCAACCCGGCCUCCAAAUGGUCCAAGAUCCAGAUUGUGACGAAGCAGACGGGUAAUGAGUGCGUGACAGCCAUCGAGAUCGUUCCCGCCACGCCAGCUGGCAUGCGCCCGGCAGCCAACGUGGCCCGCAAGUUCGCCAGCAUUGCCCGCAACCAGGUGCGCAAGAAGCGGCAGAUGGCGGCCCGGGAGCGCAAGGUGACGCGGACCAUCUUUGCCAUCCUGCUGGCCUUCAUUCUCACCUGGACGCCCUACAACGUCAUGGUCCUGGUUAACACCUUCUGCCAAAGCUGCAUUCCCGACACGGUGUGGUCCAUCGGCUACUGGCUCUGCUACGUCAACAGCACCAUCAACCCUGCCUGCUAUGCCCUCUGCAACGCCACCUUUAAAAAGACCUUCAGGCAUCUGCUGCUGUGCCAGUAUCGUAACAUCGGCACUGCCAGGUAGGCAGGCGGGCGUGCCACAGAAGGUGCUGGUGGUCAUGUGUGUGUGCUGAGCCAUGUGGUCUCUCACGUGGCCGUCAGGGAGAGAUUUGGAAGCAUCUCUCUGUGUUCGUGUUCACUGAAGAGGAGAACUGAGGUCCCCAAGACCCUGUGAGGCUCAGGAAGAAUCUCUGGCAGGAUUCAGAGAGACCAGAUCUCUGCUCAGGCUGAGGAGGUUCAGCCCCAGAAGCGUCUGAACCAAGACUGCCUGGCCCACCUCUGUUGCCCUCCCUCAGGGAGCUGGGAGGCACUGCCUCCUGGGGCACCUGCCCCACUGUGACCCACCAGCGUGGCUGAAAUAAUGACAUCUGGAGGGAAGUAAAGGCCCAGGAUCCACCCCCGCCCCCCGGGGGAGGAGCCAAGGAGCCGAUGCUUUGGAAAGGAGGCUUGGGCAGGGAGCGGAAGGCUAGGGUCCCCCAUGUGCUGUAGUCGGUGCUUUCUCCCAGCUGCACCCCGCAUGUAGGCUCGGCCCCUCCUCCCAGGUCCCAUUCCAGGGGCAGCCACUCAGCCAGGCCCUGGGUGGGUGAGCGGGCUCUGGGGGCCCCUUGCCACAUCCCCCUCGCAGCCCUGCACGUUCAGUUCAGGACAGGGCAGCUGGGAGGUCAGGGGUGCACACUCAGGAAUGGAGGUCCGGCUUCCUGAGAUCCCAUGCUGAGCAGAGAGGCGCACCCGAUCCUGUUGAGUUCUCCCAGCAGGCUUCUGCAGAGCGUGAGGAGGCCUGGGUCACAGGGGAGAAUGGGGGUGGACUUGACCUUCACAGGCUUCAGUGACAGUGAGGGCCGGGGUAGUGAGGCAGGCAAGCAGCCCCCAUCUCUUCUCUCCCAACGGACAGAACCUUCUAGUGGUAGUGGGCUGUACCAAAAGGCCUUUGGUUGAGUGUGGCUGAGACAGGGAGUGUCAGUUCUAGGGAAUCUUCCAGGUUUCCUCCCAGCCCUGGUGUGGCCCCUGGAAAGACCAGACCGAAAGGCUCAGGGGACUUGAUGGGGACCCCCUUUCAGGAGGCAGGAGGGGCCCUGGGAGAAUUUUUCAAAACCGUUCUGCUUUUCCCAUGAGCCCUGGGAGCACUCACCACCAAGCCCCCAGCCCCUGAAAGCCACAGUCCCUACAGCCUUCCCUCUCCUUCACCAGUUCCCAUCCCAACAAAUUACCACAGCAAACUCCCUGGGAAGGGGCUU